AUGAACACUGUGCGAUUCACACUAAACAGGCCAAAGGCACUCAAUGCAUUGUCAAGUCCACUCUUUAGAGAGCUGAACGACGCUUUAACCAGGUUUGAGGAGGACAAGGGCACUGGCGCUAUUGUCAUAACUGGAAGUGAGAAGGCUUUUGCUGCUGGAGCUGAUAUCAAGGAAAUGGCACCGCUGACGUUCUCUGAUGCUUAUACCAAUAACUUCAUUGCUCCGUGGUCCUACUUGACCACACUACGAACACCAAUCAUCGCCGCCGUGUCAGGUUAUGCUCUUGGUGGUGGCUGCGAGCUUGCAUUGAUGUGCGAUAUGAUCUACUGCACGUCCUCAGCCACUUUCGGUCAACCAGAAAUCAGAUUGGGUAUCAUUCCAGGCGCAGGCGGUAGCCAGCGUCUGACUGCUGCAGUAGGCAAGAGCAAGGCUAUGGAGCUGAUCUUGACAGGCCAUAAUUUCAGUGGAAAAGAAGCAGGUGAUUGGGGGGUGGCAGCGCAAGUGUUUGAUGGCAGUCAUGAUGAUUGCUUGAAUGGCGCCUUAGAAACAGCAACCAAGAUUGCUGGCUUUUCAAGAGUUGCUGUCACUGCGGCAAAAGAGGUAGUGAAUAAGAGUCAGGAUCUGUCUUUGCGGGAAGGGGUUGAAUUUGAGCGGAGGGUCUUCCAUGGCCUCUUUGGAAGUAAGGAUCAGAAAAUCGGGAUGAAUGCCUUUGCGAAGAAAGAAAAAGCUCAAUGGACAAACGAAUAG